CCUCCAACCUCCAAAACCUCCCACCCAUAACUCCAAACCCUCCCAUCAAUUCUCAUCCCACCCAAAGCGCCAUCUCAUCUCCAUCCUCCCCGCCAUCACCAUGGCGUCCUACGAAGUCGAACACAACAUCCAGCCCUCCUUCACCUCCACCACCACCUCCCCCCGCCGCCCCGAUAUGUCCACCUUCUUCGCCAAGCUCUCCCAAAUCAAUCUCGACCCCGCCACCCACAACAACCCCCACGCGCAGCCCACCCCCGUCGACAUGCGCGCGACCUUCUCCCUCCUCGCCGACUCCUACUACCAAAUCCGGUCCACCGCCUCCGGUCCCCCCGCCGAGCUUCUCUCCUCCUUGAUCAGCGAGUUAGAAACCAACGCAGACAGUCCGCCGAAGGAGGUGGAGGGGUUGAGUCAGACGUUCUUGGACAGCUUGGAGAGGGUGGAUAGGAAGGAGUUGGGGGAGGGGGGUUGUCCGAUUUGUGGAGAGAGGUUUAGGGAUGAUGAGUACCCGCUGGUGGUGCAGUUGCCAUGUCAUCCGGGGCAUUGGUUUGAUCUCGAGUGUGUGGGGCCGUGGUUGAGGUUGAAGGGGACGUGUCCGUUGGAUCGGAAGGCGGUGGGGGAGAGGAAGAAGGUGGUGGUUGUGGAUGAUAGUGAGGAGGAGGAUUAUGAUGAUAUGAUUGCCUAGUUGGGGAAAUGAGAUUUUGAUACCAGAUUGGGGGAGGUGGAGUGAAGUGGGGUUGGCGUGGGAUGGAGUUAGGGAUCUGAUACAACAAUACAAGAAAUUGUAUCUCUCGUUUAUAAGGGGCUCAUAUAUUUCAUUUUACGCUGGCUAUAUGGCGAGUGAAACAUAGAUCCACUCAUAUAACCCCUCCUAAAAAUAGUCCCCAUCUACCCCUCAAACCCCCUCUCACCAGCACAGC